AAGGAACCACGGCCGUAACCGACCCUCCUAUCCCCAUUUCUUUUCGGGCCCUUUCUUCUUUCGAACUCCAUUCCCUCCCCACAUUCCCCGUUCGCCGCGCAAUCAUCCACCCAGCAGCGCCGCCGCCCGCUUGCGCUGCCGCAGGCCGCCCCUUCUGCGAUGGGUGACCUCGAUUGGGUGCGGAUCGUUCUUCGAUCUAUCAUGCCAUCAUCGAUUGAGCUACCCGGGCGUUGGAUCGCCAGUAGCAGCUGGAUUCAGCAUACUAGUCGGCGUCUCCAUCAUAUUUAUGGAAGAUGUUAUUCCUUCAUUGUAUGGGGGAUUAUGUGCUUCAAAAGAAACUACUCGCGCUGCUGUGUCCACCCUGUCAUGCAGUGUCAUGAUAUGGUCAUCAAGGACCAGUACACUUGUGCAAAGUCAGAACAGGUUAUCAGGGAUAAUGGGUUUCAGGUGAAUGAUUCCCCCCACCACAGUAAGCUCUCUAAUGUUCCAUUGAGAGGGCCAAUCAUGUCACCUCAUUUGUCAAAGACGACCUAUCCGCUUUGCUUGCCCAGGAUGAGCAGAUGGCCUACUCCAAUGAAGGGGAAGUUUCUAAUCAGGUGGUACUGUGCAGACACAGAUGGUGUACAACCUGUUCCACAGGCAGGGGCAGUAGCUGUGAUGAGUGAGGCUGAAAUUGCUGCAAAUGAUGAUGAUUCAAAUCUGGAAGUGAUUUACUUGCCCACGGAUUUUGAUUGGCACAGGCAUAUUGCAAUGGGUACUUUCCUUUACAGAGGUUGCGUACUUCGAAUAAAUUCCACACCCUUGCUGCAAUAUGUAAGCCAAAACACUAUGAUGGAAUUUAGAGCAAUCUAUGGUGAUCCGAGUGGGAAAAGCGAAUGGUUCGUGAAAGACAUUGCUAAGGGGCACAUAAGCUCACUAAUGGAUUCACUAGAUGAGUUCCACAGCCAGGGUUUGUGCAUCGAAGAACUUGAUGACAGCAAGGUCGUGAUUUGUGAUGGCAUCGCAAAAUUCUCAGCAGACAUAAGACUUAUUCUUGCAAAUGAUGACAGAAGGACUGCAAAUUGGGUGAAGCUGGUGGGCAUUAUCAGUGAUACCUUGUUUGAGGGCAGAGAGUUGCCAUAUAGCAUGAAGCAUCUCCUUAUGAUAAUGAGGACUCAACCUUUGACUUCUGUAACUUACAUGAAGUCACAUGUUGGAUUACUGCGCCAGGUUAACAAGACGGCUUCUUUCAUGCGACUAUAUGAUUCAUUGCAUGCUCUUAGGGUGCGUUUGGUUAGGGUGCUUUUCUGCUUCCAAAAAUCUAAAAAAAGCUAACCAAAGGGUUAUUUUCCAAAGCAAAAAGCAAAAAAACAAUCUGCUUUUCGUAGUACAAUUCUCAAAGUAGGUCCAGAGAUAUUUUUGGUUGCUUUUGUUUGCCAACUUGGAGUUAUUUAUCCACCUUUGCCACCCAUAAGUGAAAACGUUUCGUUCAUCGGAGCCAAACCAGGACACAUAGAGCUUUCGCCAUCUUCCCCAUCGAGCUCGUCUGACCGGGAGGAACCCAGCCCACCGGCGGCGUGGCCCUACCUGCGGCGCUUCAACUCCGGCCAGCCCCGCCCCGAUUUCGUUCCCUGGCAGCCUGCCCCCGUCCAGCCCCACCCCGCUCCGCCCGUCCCCGUCCAGCCCCGGCGGCGGCCCGCCCCUGCUCCCUACCGGUGGCGUCCUGCCCCUGCUGCCCACCGACCCCGGCCCGCCCGUCCCAGGCCGCCCCGAAGCUUCCUCCCCUCCUCGCACAGCCUCCCCUGCAGCAUCUACGGCGCCGGCGCGACCUCAGACGCCGCCACCGCCCCUCAAAAGGCAGCUCCUGUUCAUAUUUUUGGUGGAUUGUCUUGUUAAUUGCGAUAUUGUACAGAGCAAAUCAAAGCAAUGUUAAUUGCUAUU